AUGCUAAAGAAAAUCCAAUCAGCCCUUCAUCCAAACUCCUGCAGUCGGGAUCUUGUGGACAGUGACCCAUCACACAAUGGCACCCUAUCACCGGUACGCCUUGUGCGCAGCACUUCCAUGUAUGUGGUGGGAGGUGGAAAACAGACUAUCAUCGGGUCUCUAAAAAAGUACAAAAGUACCACCAAUAUUGAGGUGACCGGAUGCUGCCACUUCAAAGAUGAAGACUCCGCAUGGAUGUUUGCCAAGACACAGGACUUCCUGCAAUACCUCCAGGAUCUAUUAGCACUUAGAAAAAAAUAUCUCAGCAGUCUUCAUAACUUGAGGUGUAUGACAGGAGCCUCGGAAUACUCUCCAUCCACCAAGUCUUCCAGAACUGGGAAAAAGCCAACGUCUCCUGAGAAUAGUGCCUGUAAGUAUGGAUUCAUUAAUACUUGUUUAAAAUCGCUAGUAUUGGAAACAUUUGGGGAUGAAAUCUGGCAAAAAUUAAAAAGUUUAGCUGGUGUUCAGGAUACAUUUAUGACUUAUGAAGUUUAUGACGAUGUAAUUACAAUACGAAUGGUUAAAGAAGCUUCCAAUAUGCUUAAAGUAUCAGAGGAAGAAGUUUUAAAGCUGUUUGGACAGUAUUUCUUUUCCUUUUGUAAGAAGUCUGGAUAUGACAGAAUGUUGAGAACAUUGGGGGGAAAUCUAAUGGAAUUUAUUGAGAAUCUAGACGCCCUUCACAGUUUUCUGACACUCUCUUAUAAGGAAAUGAAUGCACCUUCUUUUCGAGUGGAGAAAAGAAAUGAUGGCACCAUGCUUCUUCAUUAUUACUCUGACAGAAGUGGAUUUUGUCAUAUAGUGCCAGGGAUAAUAGAAUCUGUGGCGAAAGAUUUUUUUAACAGCGAAAUAACCAUGAGCAUUGUCUAUCAAACGGAGGAGAAAGAGCGCACUGGGAAGCGUGAACAUGUUAUAUUUGAGGUUCUCCAAAAGACUGAAGGAAAGAAGAAAACAAUAAAACCAAGCACUAUGCUCAUUGCACUAUAUCCCCAUAUUCACAAGUAUCAAGAUCAGAAUGAAAGGGAAAUAAGCACUGAUGCUAAUAUGAUAUCUUUGUGCUGUCCAGUAAAAAAGUCCCAUUGGGAUAUCAUAAGAAAUGUGGUCAUGUCCGGAAGAGGAAGUUUGCUAAAGUCUUUCCAACCAGUUUAUCCAGACAGAUUGUGGAUGGAUGAGAAGGCAUUCUGCAAUGAAUUUCCCUUCCAUAUUGUGUUUGAUAAAGAGCUGAAGGUGAAACAGGCGGGGGUGAAAAUACAGAAAUAUGUCCCUGGAAUACAGACAAUGGACAUCAGGCUGGAUGAAUAUUUCACCAUUGUGCACCCACAAGUCACAUUUACUAUUUCUAACAUUCAGACCUUUACUAACAGUCAGUUUGUGUUAAGAACAAAGCGAGAAACAAUGCCAGAAUCCUGGAAGAAGCAACCAAUGUUGAAACUCAGAGGGUACAUGGUUUGGAUGGAAUCCAUACAAUGCAUGAUCUACAUGUGUUCUCCAAAGCUACGCAGCCUACAGGAACUAGAAGAGAGAAAAAUGCAUAUUUCUGAUAUAGCAAAACAUGAUGUAACCAGGGACCUGAUCCUACUGAACCACCAGAGACUGGCUGAGAUAGAGCUGUCCAACCAGCUGGAGAGGAAGAAGGAAGAGUUACGUAUCCUGUCUAGAAACUUGAAGAUCGAGAAGAAGAAGACAGAGACCUUGCUGUAUGCCAUGCUGCCCCCUCAUGUGGCCAAUCAGCUAAAAGAAGGCAAGAAGGUCCAAGCAGGAGAAUUUCCAACUUGCACAAUACUCUUCAGUGAUGUAGUGACAUUUACCAACAUAUGUUCUGCUUGUGAGCCCAUCCAAAUCGUCAACAUGCUCAAUGCAAUGUACUCAAGAUUUGACCAUCUUACAAAUGUCCACGAUGUAUACAAGGUAGAAACUAUAGGGGAUGCAUACAUGGUGGUGGGAGGUGUUCCCAUACCUGUGGAAACUCACGUGGAGAGAGUUGCAAAUUUUGCCCUCGGCAUGAGAAUAGCAGCAAGAGAAGUAAUCAAUCCCAUAACUGGAGAUUCUAUUCAGAUCAGAGUUGGAAUUCACACGGGGCCUGUAUUAGCAGGAGUUGUCGGUGAUAAAAUGCCCAGAUACUGCCUUUUUGGAGACACUGUGAACACAGCCUCCAGGAUGGAGAGCCAUGGGGUUCCAGAUAAAAUCCACCUUAGUCCAACAACUUUCCAGGCCUUGAAACACAAAGACUUUGACAUUGUGGACAGAGGUGUUAUUGAUGUAAAAGGCAAAGGGAAAAUUAACACAUAUUUCCUGAUCAAGAAUUUACUUCUGUCUGAAGAAGAAAUUAUGGGCAUGGCUAAAUGUGAAGAUCCUAAGGCAGACUGUAAUCCGACUGCCGGUUGUUCAUCUAGUUUCUUUGCAGCGUAG